AUGUUGUUUUCAGGUAAUUCGUCAGUGUGUAAUACCAUGACGGAAAACGAAGCAACCUGCAGUACUGCAGCAAGUCAGGAGUCCGAGAAAGACACAGUUGAGACAAAACCUGAGCGAUGCUUUGCUAUUAUUGUACAAAAAACCCCGAAGAAUUUUCGGGGAGAGCAAUAUUUUAAUAUCAUAUAUGAAAAUAUAAGUCAACUUAGCCCACGUAAAUGGAAAUGUAUAACACAAAAUGGCACCAAUAUCGUCUUAGUGAAACGUGAUGUUUCAGAAUCGUUGGAUAUUCAGUGUUUUGACUUAUUUACAUUGUCAACACACCAAGAUUUUGCAUCAUCUAAUACCAUUUCAAGCAAUGAAGAAGCGUCUGCUUCUAGCGUUAACUCGUGUGACUGUUCCAAUAGUUUCUCAACAUUGAGAAAUAUUUUAAAUUCAGCGAGCACUGAGCAGUGGAUAUGCUUUUGGAUAUGUCGUGGGAAAACUUAUCUUUCCAUAAUUGACGAGCAAACUAAUAUCCCUGUUGAAGAUUUUAACCAACUGGAAACUCUUGUUGGGCAACUUAUAAAGUUAAAUAACGAUGCAGCCAGUAUAGUAAGCAUUCGAGUUCCUUUGGGUGAAACAGAAAAUGACGUGAAAACCGUUAUUACGUCGCAUAUUAUCAGUCAGGAAGAAUUCUUUAAGGAGGUGAACGAGAUAGUUUAUCAAAAACGUAAGAUAUUAAAAAAAAUGAAUACAUUGAUAUAUAAACAUUGUGGAACUGCUGAAGAUGAUUCGGCAAGUAAGAUAGAAGCUCCUUCCAAUGUUGUACCAGGUCCGGUUUCUAGAAAUACUUCGGCAAAUAAUGAUGAUUUACAUGCUCUUCAAGCUGGAGGUUCAAUUCCUUUACGUACCCUACUACAGUGCAUUGUGGUACGUUUAACUACUUCUGACUGGAUCGAAUUACGUCGGUAUGUUGGUCGUGAUGUUCCUGUAAGAGUUCUUGGAAAUAUCGCAGACAACAUCGACUUUUUCCAAGAAUUAGAAAACCGUAGCAUGAUACAACUGGGAAAUACGGAAUACAUUAGAAGUGGAUUCUAUGAAAUCGGACGUGUUGAUCUCGUUCAUUUACUGGACUGCAUUCAAGAUGGCGACUAUAGUUUCUUGAACCUGGAUACAGUUGGAGAACGAAGAAUUCGCAGCGACGAUAGAAAUUUGGAAAGCAGAGCCCGCUCGCUGGUGCGUCAAAUGCGAGAUUUAACUGUAGACAGAGGAAGAAGUGACAAUACUGCUGACCAAAGUAGUUUACGGUCUUCCUCUGGAGCUAAUACCCAGUCCUCUGUAAGUGAAACGCGCGAGAUGGUCGUGACAGAUGGAUAGAUAGCAAGAUCUCCACCUAAUGUGGCUGGUAAUAGUAAUGCAAGAGACAGACCUUUACAAAGAAGAUACCGUAAUGUACCUCAACGUACUACACCAUCCACACCUUAUCCUGUACAGGAACAAAUAGAGGACGGUAUUCGUACCCAGGAGCAAAUCCCCGAGAACGUAUCGAACAGCGAAGGAGAUACAUCUGCCGGAAAUACAGACGAUGCAUCCAUCCAGAGUACAAAUGCAGAGGGUUUAACUCCCCAGAGUACAACUUCCAAGACUACAUCCCCCCAGGGUGAAAAUACGGAGGAUACACUUCCUCAACAUGAAAAUGCGGUGGAUACACUUCCCGGAGGUGAAAAUGUUGAAGGUACACUUCCCGGAGGUGAAAAUGUCGAAGGUACACUUCCCGGAGGUGAAAAUGUUGAAGGUACACUUCCCGGAGGUGAAAAUGUCGAAGGUACACU